AUGUAUAUUUUUGACUUUAAUUUGUCAAUUGGCUACGACGGUGAGGAGACGAAGCAUGGCUACAAGGUGUUUGGACCUUUGAACAUCCGUCGCCUUAUGGACGAGGUGCCACUUCGAGUUCGUCGAGAUGUGAGAUCAGUUCGAGCACGACGCCAAGCCUCAGAUAGCGUCUUCAGCUCUGGACCUGCUGCCUUCAACAUCGACUCCAUCACCGCGCCACUGCGCUUUGACGAUGAGAAACCUCGCACGGUUUCUCCGAGCUCAACGAAUGCGUGCCAAAGCCGUCUCCACCGCAUCACGGAAAACCCUAUUUGUAUCGAGCCCUUGGCUACCGGAGACUGCGAUGCUGCGCAUCUGAGGUACUACUACGACCGCGACUCAGACAAAUGUCGACUGUUCUACUACACCGGCUGUAAGGGAAACAACAACAACUUUGGUAGCGUCAUUGAUUGCCAAAGGCUAUGUGUUCUCGGCGGACAGCGACCUAAGCCAGAAUCUUCUGCUUCUCCUCCUCCUAUACUUCGUGGACAGUGUCCCGAUGGAUUCUAUUGUCUCCGUGGUCCUCCAGAUGUCUGUUGCUCGAAUAAAGAAGUGGCUAAGAAAGUAGAAAAGGGAUCUGUCAGGUUCGCUCCAGAAGUUCCUGGUGUGCCAAGAGCUUAUUCUCGUAAUGCACUGCUCGCGACGCCCAAGUUCAUGUGUCCUGAUGCAUCCGACCCCUUGAUGGCCUCAAACGGGGAACCAACAAGCUGUGGCGCUGGAUUCGAUGGCAUGAAACUCUGUCCUAAAGGAUUCUAUUGCGCGAUUGACGUUGAGAAGCAAUCUCGAAUGUGCUGUCCUUUGUAUGGAGCAGCCGAACGAGUUCCCACCGAGCAGGGAUCCCCUCCAUAUUUGGGGAGACGUCCUUCAAAUCCUGGUGAAGUUUUGGAACGCGGAUCGUUGCCAUCAGACCAGUCCGAGUUUAUCACCAGAGCGAUGAAAGAAAAGAUGCAAGAACAACAACGUCAAAAGCUGGAAACCACAACCUCAGUUUUCGGCGAAGAAUCGGAAGAGUUUGAGGAUGAGGGAGAAGAUGAGGAAGACGAAGAGGACGGGAUGGCUCACCUCAUGUUGAAACCGGCCGAGCCUCCCCAAACAAAAGCUACGAGCAGCGUAACAACGGCGUUGCCGGAAUCUGAAGAUGAGCAUCCCAUUGACCUUCCUACUGAGCCGCCAACAGUAGAGGAAACACCAGUCGUGAAAGCAGUAGAGGACAAAUCGGUGUGCCAAAUCAAGCCCUCCGAAGGACGUGCCUGCCGUGAAGACGAAGUGCCACCUCGAACAAAUCUGCACUAUUUCUACUCGCCCAAAGAUCGCCGUUGUAAACUGUACUUCUUCCGCGGUUGUGGUGGAAACGCGAAUCGCUUCGAGAAAAAAGCAGACUGUGAACGGCUCUGUUUACCGUGA